AUGGACUCAAACAGUCUGGACGGGAGUGGAACUCCAAACUCGAUAGUGUUUUGCGAGCUAAUGGGAUGCCAGGAGAAAUCGGAUCUUGACAGGAUUAAGUCAGCUAUAAUGGCACCGUUUGAAUGUGUUGACAAGGGACCUGUGCGUUUGUUCCUUGGCAUGGAGGUUCACCGUGAUGGCGAAUUGGGCGAAAUAUCAUUGGGUCAUUUACAGUACAUCAAGGAUCUACUGGAGCGAUAUGGCUAUGCUCAGUGCAGACAGCUGCAACACCUUGGCUUCAAGAUUCAUUACAAGCAGUCGGAUGCGGCGUUUACUGGUUUCGUGGACGCAGAUUGGGCAGGCGAUAGGAUUGAUCGCAAGUCUUAUACAGGAUAUGUAUAUUUUUUGGCUGGCGGACCGAUAUCAUGGAAAUCGGAGAAGCAGCGAAGUGUUGCUCUUAGCAGCACCGAAGCAGAGUACAUGGCGUUAUCAACAGCGUGCAAAGAGGCCAUUGUAUUACGUCGAUUAAUCAUCGAGAUUGGUUGCGGAGAGGAAGAUACAUCUACCGUUUUGUAUGGCGAUAACCUCAGCGCGCAGCAAUUGGCUAAGAACCCG